GUCUGUUUUCAAGUUCUACCGUAGUAGAAAAUAAAAACUGUAAUUUUUGGAGGGAAGAAUAUUUUCUCCCAACCUUAAAUUAAAAUACUAGUUAUGUAUUUUUUAAAUUAUUUAUGACAGUAACAUAUAUUUAUUUAGAGAAAAAAUGGAAGAUAUUAAUAAAUUAAAACGAUCAUUAUUUAUUUUAAAUAAAAGUAUCACCGAAUUCCCAGUUGCUGCAGUAACUCUCGAUGAUUAUAAGCCAAUUGAUGAAAAAAUUCGUGAGUUACGAGAAUCACUAAAAUGUUUAACUGCUAGAGUUAAAACAUUAAAAAUAAAAAUGAAUUUGUAUUCAACAGAAACUCCAACAGAAGAAGAAGCACCGGCGCUGGUUAAAAAUUUACAAAAUCAUAUAACACAUUGUGUUAUUAAUGAUAACGCAGUGACAGCUUGUUAUCAGUCUUAUGCUGUCCAGCGAGCAUUGUAUAAUAAAAAUAUCGAUCCUGAUAUUCACAAAAAAGUUAAAUUACUUAUGAGUAGUAUAUAUAAUUUUAAUGAUUCAAUGCUCAAGUACAAAACACAAUUAUCUGGUAAUUUACUGGAUGAAGAAUUAAAUUUGAAAGACGAGUUAUAUCAGAUGCUGAUAGAUUAUAAUGAAUUUUUAAAAAUAAAAGAAGGCAUUCGUAAUAAAAAAUUGGCUGAAUCAAAUCCAGAGGUUGCUGAAAAAAAAGCUAAAGCGUUGAAAUUAAUAACUAAAAUAAAUAUGAUGAAACGAUUAAUAUCAAAUUUUAUCAGUGUGGCUUCGUCAUUGAUUAGAGAAAACCCAGAACUUAAAGAUAUUUUAAAACGGCACAGAGAUUUGAUUGAUUUAGAUAUAAUUAUUGAUACAAAACAUCACGAUCGGGUUGAAGAACCUGAAGAUUAA